ACUUCAGUAGUGAACGAUAUUUUGGCAAUAGCAGUUUUAAAUCCUUAUUUAAUAGUUAACCUUGGCAGAUAUUAAAAACCUAGAAUCACGUAAUGAGUAGUGUUAACGGUAAUCAAAAGGACGAUAUGUCCUAUUACAAAAGUAAUAUAACAUUAGGUGAUGACAGCACAGAUCAAUAUAUGACUGGUUCAUCGGUGCCCAUAAAUGGUGAAAAGAAAAAAUCCCAUUGGUGGAAUAGAAAGAAAAAUAAAGAUGAUGAUGUUGAUGAUGAUAAUAGUAGUUCCGGCAAUAGUGAGGAGAGUGAUAAACCCAAAGAUGAUGUGAAACCAGUGGCUUUUUAUAAAAUGUUUAAAUAUGCCACAACUACAAAUAAAAUCAUGUAUUUUGUGGGUAUAUUGGCAUCCAUUGCCACGGGCUUAACAACACCUGCUAACAGUUUGAUUUUUGGUAAUCUGGCCAAUAGCAUGAUUAACUUUUCCGAAUAUAAAGAUGGCUAUACUAGAGAAGAUCAGUCCGUUAUAUUUUGGGAAGCUAUAAAAACUUUUGCUUUCCAAAAUACCAUGAUUGGUGUGGUAAUGUUGGCCUGCAGUUAUAUCUCCAUAACGCUUUUUAAUUAUGCCGCUCAUGCCCAAAUUUUACGUAUACGUGGUAAAUUCUUUAGAUCUAUAUUGCAUCAGGAUAUGGCCUGGUAUGAUUUCAAUCAAAGCGGUGAAGUGGCCAGUCGUAUGAAUGAAGAUUUGUCGAAAAUGGAGGAUGGUUUAGCGGAAAAGGUGGUUAUGUUUGUCCAUUAUAUGGUGGCCUUUGCUGGUUCCAUUGUUUUGGCUUUUUAUAAAGGUUGGCAAUUAGCUUUGGUAUGCUUGUCCAGUUUGCCAGUAACUUUUAUAGCCAUGGGUUUGGUGGCUGUGGCUACCUCAAAGUUGGCCAAACAAGAACUUAAUGUUUACGCUACAGCUGGUAAUAUUGCUGAGGAGGCUCUUAGCGGCAUACGCACAGUCAAAGCUUUUGAGGGAGAAUCUAAAGAAGGAACAGCUUACAAGUCUCAAAUUGUUGCUGCUCGUAAUUUAAAUAUCAAACGUAACUUCUUCUCGGGUUUGGGUUUCGGUCUAUUGUGGUUCUUCAUCUAUGCCUCCUACGCACUUGCCUUUUGGUAUGGUGUGGGUUUGGUUUUAAAGAGUUACGAUGAUAUUCCUGGCUAUGAAAACUAUGAUGCUGGCACUAUGAUUACUGUUUUCUUUUCUGUUAUGAUGGGAUCUAUGAAUAUUGGCAUGGCUUCACCUUAUAUUGAGGCUUUUGGUAUUGCCAAGGGUGCUUGCGCUAAAGUUUUUAAAUUAAUUGAUCAAAUACCCACUAUUAAUCCUAUAGAAAUCAGAGGUGUCAAUUUGAAUCAACCCUUAACUCAUAUUGAAUUUCGUGACAUCGAUUUUUUCUAUCCGACGCGUAAAGAAGUUAAAAUUCUUAAUAAGUUCAAUUUAAAAAUUCAUCGAGGUCAAACGGUAGCCUUGGUAGGCUCAUCGGGUUGUGGCAAAUCAACCUGCAUUCAAUUGAUUCAACGGUUUUAUGAUCCAGAAGGUGGUCAAGUGCUUUUCAACAAUGUAGACUUGAAAGAUAUAGACAUAAAUUGGUUGAGAGAACGUAUCGGUGUUGUAGGUCAAGAACCCAUUUUAUUCGGUACUUCAAUUUAUGAAAAUAUACGUUACGGCCGUGAAGAUGCUACCAGGGAACAAAUAGAAGAAGCCGCUAGAGCGGCCAAUGCCAUGGUAUUUAUCAACAAGCUUCCUCAAGGUUUUGAUACUUUAGUAGGAGAGCGUGGUGCUCAAUUGUCGGGUGGCCAGAAACAACGUAUUGCUAUAGCUAGAGCUUUAGUAAGAGAUCCUGAAAUAUUGUUAUUGGAUGAAGCUACAUCGGCUUUGGAUACUGCCAGUGAAGCAAAGGUACAGGCUGCCUUAGAAAAGGCGGCAGAAGGCAGAACUACAGUAAUCGUAGCUCAUCGUCUCUCCACCAUUCGUCGUGCAGAUCGUAUUGUGGUCAUUAACAAGGGCUGUGUAGUUGAGAGUGGUACUCAUAAUGAGUUAAUGGCCUUGAAACAACACUACUAUAAUUUAGUUAUGACCCAAUUGGGUGAAGAUGCUAAUGUCACUACACCCGGACUUAAACAAAAUGAAUUCUUUGCAAAUGCCAAGGAUGAAGAUGAAGAACAAAUAAAAAUUACUCACGUUGAAGAAGUCAUCGAGUCCAAAGAGGAAAAGAGUACUUUCUCAAUUAUCAACAUUUUGAAGAUGAAUCGCGAUGAAUGGCCUCAAAUCUUGUGUGGCUGUGUUUCAUCUGUUAUUAUGGGAGCUGCUAUGCCUCUGUUUGCUGUACUUUUUGGUUCAAUUCUACAAAUUUUGGCUGUCAGAAAUAAUCCACAGUAUGUAAGAGAUAAUACAAAUACAUUCAGUUUGUAUUUCCUCAUUUGCGGCAUUGUAGUGGGUAUUGCAACAUUUUUACAGAUCUAUACAUUUGGCAUUGCUGGUGAAAAAUUAACUGAACGUUUGCGUGGCAUGAUGUUUGACGCCAUGUUAAGAAUGGAAGUUGCCUGGUUUGAUGAUCGUGCUAAUGGUACUGGUUCUUUAUGUGCCCGUUUGUCUGGCGAUGCCUCAGCUGUUCAAGGUGCUACCGGUCAACGUAUUGGAACUAUUGUUCAAUCUUUGUCUACACUACUUUUGGGUGUUGGACUUUCCAUGUACUACGAAUGGAGUUUGGGUCUUUUGGCUUUGGCCUUUACGCCGUUCAUUUUGAUUGCCACCUAUUUGCAGCGCAAAGUUAUGGCCCAAGAAAAUAUGGGUACCGCCAAAACAAUGGAAAAAUGUACCAAGCUCGCCGUUGAAGUUGUUUCAAAUAUACGUACAGUAGCAUCUUUGGGACGUGAGGAAAUGUUUCAUAAACAAUACAUGGAAAUGUUGUAUCCAGCUGUUAAUAAAGCUAAACGCAAUACGCAUUAUCGUGGUUUUGUCUACGGUUUGGCACGUUCUUUGAUGUUCUUUGCUUAUGCCGCUUGUAUGUACUAUGGCGGUUGGUGUGUGCUUAAUAAGAAUAUGGAAUUCGGUAAUGUGUUUAAGGUUUCGCAAGCACUUAUUAUGGGAACAGCUUCAAUUGCUAGUGCUUUGGCUUUCGCUCCCAAUUUCCAAAAGGGUAUCUCAGCGGCUGAAGGCAUUUAUAAGUUAAUUACUCGUGAACCUAAAAUUGUUGAUCGUCCAGAUGUCUCCCAUGAGCCUUGGCAAUCUGAGGGCAAUGUUGCCUUCGACUCGGUUCGUUUUUCAUAUCCUACACGUCAAGAAAUCACUGUGCUCAAGAGCCUUAGCCUUGCUGUCAACAAGGGUCAGAAAAUCGCCUUAGUAGGUCCUUCGGGUUGUGGCAAGUCAACCUGUAUACAACUUUUGCAAAGAUUCUACGAUGUAGAUGAUGGUUCUGUUACUGUAGAUACAAUCGAUAUACGCAAUUUAUCAAUUCUUAAUUUGCGGAAACAAUUGGGUAUUGUUUCUCAAGAACCCAUACUCUUUGACAGAAGUAUUCGCGAAAAUAUUGCGUAUGGUGAUAACACCCGUAUGGUUUCUGAACAAGAGAUUAUAGAAGCAGCAAAGAAAGCCAACAUACACAACUUUGUGUCAUCUUUGCCAUUGGGUUAUGAAACUCGUAUGGGUGAAAAGGGCACACAGUUGUCUGGCGGUCAGAAGCAAAGAAUUGCCAUUGCUCGUGCUUUGGUUAGAAAUCCUAAGAUUCUGUUACUCGAUGAGGCUACCUCAGCUUUGGAUGCAGAAAGUGAAAAGGUUGUACAAGAUGCCCUCGAAGUGGCCAGUGAGGGUCGUACCAGCAUUAGUAUUGCCCAUCGUCUAUCUACCAUUGUAGACUGUGACAUAAUUUUUGUCUUUGACGAAGGCAAAGUCUGUGAACAGGGUACUCAUAAGGAUUUACUUGAAAUGCGAGGUCUUUACUAUACCCUUUAUAAAUUACAAACAGGUGCUAUGUAAAGAUCAUUCAAAUUAUCUCACUCUCAUCAAAAACUCUCUAUCCACUCUAACAUAUAGCAGCUUAAUUUUAAGUUUAAUUCUAGUUAUUAUUUGUAUUAGUGCGUAGUAUUCGAACAAAAAGACAACACAAACGAAUUAUGAAUAUUCAAAAAAAUUGGAAAAAAUAUAACAAUAGAAAUCAAUAGUAAAAUUACUCUUGUUAGGAAUUUAUUUAAGUUUUAUAAUAUAUAUUUAUUGUUGAAUUGAAUAUUGACAAGUUUAUAUGUAUGUAUAUAAUUUUUGUUAUUGAUCGUGAUAAUAAAGAUAAGAACAUUGUUUAAAAAA